ACAGCGCCGGCCGCUCCGCGGGCGCGGGGGGAGCGGCGCUCCCGGGGACGCGGGCAAGUGGCGGCUGUCCCGACGGCGUUCUCUGCCUUCAGGAUCUCCUGCCCGCCGGUAGAAGCUUGUCCGGAGAGCCGAGGGGCAGCGCAUGGGAGUUUUUAAUUCCCUGCCCGGCCGCUGCGCCGGCGGACAUUCCUCUGCAUUUCUUGAGGGCAAAAACUCGGCAAAGGAGGGGUCGGAAGAAAGGCAAUAGAGGAAGGGGGGAAAGUUGAUUGACUUGCCGAGAGGUAAAGGUUUCCUGUGGCUUCCACUGCACUUUGCACUGGAGACCUUCAGUCCACGCGAAGCUGGAGAAUGGAGCCAGAGCCCCCGCCCGAGCUCACAGCAAUGCUCCUCGGGGAGAAUGGGAGUGUUCACCUGGUGCCCGACGCAGCCUUGCUGUCCCCGGGGAGAGGCACGGCCAUGUUCAUCAUCCGCUGUGUGAUCCCUUCACUUUACCUGCUCAUCAUCACUGUCGGCUUGCUGGGCAACAUCACCCUCAUGAAGAUCUUCAUUUCCAACAGCGCCAUGAGAAGCGUGCCCAACAUCUUCAUCUCCAGCCUUGCUGCUGGUGAUCUGCUUCUGCUAGUGACCUGUGUUCCUGUGGAUGCCUCCCGGUAUUUCUCUGAAGAGUGGCUCUUUGGAGAAGUGGGCUGCAAGCUCAUCCCUGUCAUCCAGCUGACCUCCGUUGGUGUCUCUGUCUUCACACUCACUGCCCUCAGUGCUGACAGAUACAAAGCAAUUGUAAAUCCCAUGGACAUCCAGACCUCCAGUGCAGUGCUAUGGACUUGUCUUAAAGCCACUGCCAUCUGGGUAAUAUCCACGCUCCUAGCAGUUCCUGAAGCAGUGUUCUCCGAACUGGCUCACAUCAAUGACACAGAUAAUGCCACGUUCACAGCUUGCAUACCAUAUCCCAUGACAGACGACAUGCACCCAAAGAUCCACUCUGUGCUGCUUUUCCUUGUGUAUUUCCUUGUCCCUCUUGUAAUUAUCAGUAUCUACUACUAUCAUAUUGCAAAGAGUUUAAUAAAAAGUGCUCACAACAUCCCAGGAGAACACAGUGAACAUUCCAAAAGACAGAUGGAAACUCGGAAGCGUCUGGCAAAAAUAGUUUUAGUUUUUGUUGGCUUCUUUGCUAUCUGCUGGUUUCCUAACCACGUACUAUACAUGUACAGAUCUUUUCAUUACAAUAAGAUUGAUCCAUCGAUGGGACAUAUGGUUGUUACCUUAGUGGCCCGAGUGCUAAGCUUCUGCAACUCUUGUGUCAACCCAUUUGCACUGUAUUUUCUCAGUGAGAGUUUUAGAAGACAUUUCAACAACCAGCUUCGCUGCAGGAAGAAAGCUCAAAAAGAGAGAUCUGCCAGCUACUUGUGCAACUCUUCUGCCAUUCAAAUGACUUCCCUGAAAAGCAAUACCAGGAAUACAGUAACUACCAUGACACAACUGAAUGGGCACAACUUGAAACAAGAAAUGUCGUUAUGA